CCUUGCGCUUCUUGUCCUUCUUGUCGGGGGCCAUCCUGGAUCUUUGGGGAUAAUUGCAGGCGGUUCCUGGGGGACUACAAUCGGAGGAUCGCAAAGGUGCGGGAAACUUUUUUUCUGCUCGCAAUUUUUCGGGCGCCAAGCGGUGAAUGCAAUCCAGCCCGGCCGACGGGGCCUCGCCGCGACUCCAACUCUAAGCUCUUGUUUCUCCGCAACCCAACCAUCUCACACGCCCGUUUGUUUGCGCGCACUUACCGGGGUCAUGGGGAAAUCGGCCAAGGCGAAUAAACCCCUCACUCAGGAAGAGAUCUGGGAUGAUUCGGCCCUCGUCCAGAGCUGGGAUGAGGCUGUCGAGGAAUACAAACUCUACCACAGCAUCCAUGCGAAGGGGGAGAAUGUUGAAGAUGUCCUGAGAGAAGCAGAGGCUGCCGAGAAAGCUGAGAUGGAGCAAGAUGAGCAGCCGUUGGACGAAUCCGCCGACCGCAUGGAUGCUGACGUCGACGUCGACACUGCUGCAAAUGCAACAACUCCAGCGGAACCUCAACAGGUGUCACAGGCCAACCCGUCGCAAGCUGCGGAAGGGCCGGAACAGCCCUCUCGACAGGGUGCCCAUGUCACUGAUCAAACGGCUGGGCCCAGUGCCGUAGGAGCACCUCCUAUGCCUCAUGCCACCCUAUCCCAAGUGCAAGAUGAGCGACUCAAGAACCUCAUGAUGGCUUGGUACUAUGCUGGGUACUACACGGGUCUAUAUGAGGGCCAACAGCGAGCGAACCAGAACAAGAGCUCAUAACCCAGCUGAAAGUAUAGUAACGAAGUGACAAGCAUCUUUCUGCGUUGUUCGCAAUCCUGGUAGGUUGCAUUGAAGUAUGAGCGCGGAAAGCUAAAUCCCCAGGACGGCCGCAGGCGCAAACAACAUCCCGUCUGGGUACAAGCCAGGAUUAGAUGAGAAUAUCC